UUGUCGCUUGCGCGGGUUUUUCACAGCGCUUUGUUUGUUUUCCGUCAAAACAAUGUUUUUAGCGUUCGAAUUAUGAAUUUGAAAAAUAGAACUUAUUAAAGGUAUAGUGAUGUGAGUUCGUAUUAGUGUAUUUUUUAUUGGACUUUUACUUUGGCAAAAUGGGCCCAGAGGCAGUGUUUUGGACUCUUGUUUUGGGCCUAAUAUGCAUUGCGGAGGCGGGAAUGAUGGGUGAUCAGUGCGACUGGAAUGGCAGCGGGUUGGAGUCGAACACUGAGCGAGGAGUCACGCCUGUGUACCUGAGGUGUAGGGAAGGCAGUGUUUCGUGGCUUUACCCUCGAGGGGCUCUCAGACUGCUCUUCAAGCCUCCAUUGCCAGCGGAAGAACGGGACUUCAGGGUUUGCGUCAGGGUUAUAAGAAGACCCGACCCUCCUGACUUCUUCCAAAGUUUACAGCUUAAUGAAACAGAGGCAGCAGAACGCUUCCCAGCGCGAAUCUUCGUAGAAGGCGUCCGCAGACUCGUUCCUCUAUACGCGCCUGAUGAUGGUGAUGUCCGCGAGCUGCGGUGCUUUCGCAGUCGACACGGACAAGCAGCGUUAUACGUUGAGGCGGAACCCGAGGAAGGACCGAAGAGACGAGUGGCCAUCUUUAGAUACGAAGCUAGGCCAUUGGUGAGGAGGCACUACGACCCAGCUACUGCCGACUGCCGGCCGUGUUCAGAUUCGGAACUAGAAAUGGCCUUCUGUACUAGUGAUCUGGUGUCCCGCGGCAUGAUGGUGGGCAGCGAGCAGAGGGAAGACUUGGAUACCACUCAGCUAACAUGGCGUCUCACCAAGCUCAUCCGGGCAACUGCGGCCGGCGACACUGGCGACUUUGACGACGACGAUGAGUACUAUAGGUAUGACAUCGACAACAGUAUAGAGCAUAAAAACCGUCGUACGCACAAGCACGCACGGUCUCGGAAAGCGCGCGGUAUGCACACACACGUGCACGUAUCCGCAGCGUGCGGCGCGGCGGCCGGCGCGGGAGAGUUCUUCCUAAUGGCACGCCGGAGACUCGGGAAAUACACGCUCGUCUGCGCUCCCCGUUUGCACGACUGGAAGCUGUUGGUUGAAAGGCGAAACGCUGAAGGUACUGCGCAUUGCUUCUUGCAGCAUUGAAAGGUUUACUGUAAAGAACGUGCGAUCUUAGUCGGCGUAACUGUAGGAGUCACAAGUGCCUGCGCAAAUACAGUUUUUGGGAAUUCAAUUGCUAUCUGUGGUGCGUGCGUUCCGGACUGCCAACUUCGGCCCGGUCGAGUGAAAUUGAACCUAGUACUGCUAGUGUUAAAAAAAACAUUGUGCGGUUAGAUAGACGCUAGUCUGCGCUCCUCGCUAGAGUGACUUGCAGCAUUGAACGUUUACUGAAACUUUGUGCAGUUAAUAUUGGGUGAUUAAAACCACGCCGGUCUGCACGCCCCUAUAGUGUUGCAAGGCCAAACAAUGAAGAGACAGUUUCUUAAUUUUAAUGAUGGAAAAUUGUGAUGUGUAAAGUGGUAUCUAUAUGUACGUAAACUUUCUUUUAAGGGUGUUAUUACAAAAUAAACUCACUUUAUGAAGGCAUGUAGAAAGUAAAGAGUGAAAUUAUUAAACUUGAAGAUAUGUGUGUACUGAUACAGUUUCUUAACUAUAGGUAUAAAAUUGACGUAGUUUAGCAAAAAAGACCUACUUAAAGUUACAUAUUUUGAGUUAUUGAUAUCGCUGUCAUUUUAUCUAAUUAGAAGAAAAUACCUGCAUUAGAUAUGGUUUGGUUUCCAUUCAUAUUUUUCUUUUCUUUUCGAAAGUCCUUGCUUAGUGGACUAUUUUAGUAGUUCACAGUUUAGUACUAUUCCUACUCAUUGUUAUAAUGUUGGUUGAGUCUUUUCUGAUAAACUACGUCAACUUUUUAAUUUGUGCCGACACGUUGUAAGUCAUAAUUAGUGCAUAAACAUUUGAAAAUUAUAUUAUAAGGAUAAUAUUAUGUUAA